AUGAGUGCAUUUUGUGGUGGAAUCGAUCUUGGAACGAGUAAUUCCGUGAUUGCAACAUAUCAGAAGACCGGAUCUGACUGUGUAACGACCAAGCAAGGGAAACGUAUAUUUCCUUCCGUCUUAGCUAUCAAAAGAAAUAACGAAGUAUCUAUUGGUGAAUCGGCAGUUCCUUAUAUGCUUUCCCCUGCUCAUUUUUCAAUUCAGUAUGCAAAGCGAGUUAUAGGAUAUCAAUACAAUUCUGAAAGAGUUAAAUUGAUUAAAGAUAUUUGCAUUGCAAAUAUGAGAGAAAGCAAAGAUAAAAAGGUUGAGUUUUACAAAGAAGGUUGGGAAGUGACAGAAACCCCUGUUUCUGUCUAUGUGAAAUUAAUAAAACAUAUGCUAGAUCGUUCUGAAGUUUAUCGAGGUAGAAAGUUGGAUAAAGUGGUUGUUACAAUCCCAGCUGACUUUAAACAAGAACAAAUCGCUGAUACUGAAGAAGCAAUUCGCCAAGUUGGUUUUACAAAGGAGAACUAUUGCUUACUAAAAGAGCCUAUAGCUGCGGCUAUCUCUUAUGGACUUGAAGGCAUGACCGGAAGCUACACUUUGGUAUAUGAUUUAGGAGGAGGCACUUUUGAUUGUACGAUAAUGCAGAUCAGUGACGAUGUGUUGAAGAUCUGUGGUUAUGGAGGCGAUGAGAAGAUUGGAGGUUUAGCAUUUGAUGAAACGAUUCGAGAUUGGGUUAUUCAUGAAGUCAAAGAAGUUACAAACAUGGAAAUCUAUGAUUCUAAAAGCAUAAACUAUCAACGGAGAAUGCAAAAACUACUAAAGAAAUGCCGUGAAGCCAAAGAAGGGCUGGUCGAAGCACAGUCUUAUGAAAUCGAUCUGAGCGAUAUUGCCAGUGAAGAGAUUUUGGAAGGGAUGGAACUGAUAGACUUGACAAGAGCCAAAAUGGAUUUUCUUCUGAGUCCGUUUAUCAAGCGUACGAUCGAGGUGAUAGACAACACGAUCGAGAAGGCAGGACUUCAUCAAGAAGACAUCAAGCGAAUUCUGAUGGUGGGCGGUUCUUCUCGUUUGCGAUGCGUUCAUUCAGCAUUGACCAAACAUUUCGGAUCAUCGGUUUCUCUCAAGUUCAACGUCAAUCCAGACGAAGUUGUGGCUUUGGGCGCGGCAACGUUCUGCCACAUCUGGUCGGAGAGCGACCAUGACUUUAGCAUUCCUUUCAAUGGUCGACGAAUCAAACUAGUGGAAGUACUGACGGUGACGCUUGGAUUCCGAGGAAGGAAUGGAGAGAUGGUGGUUCUGGCAAAGAACGGCGAUCUUGUGCCUCGAGGACCGCUUCGCAAACUCCUCGCCACACCCGUCGACAAUGCGCAGUGUAUGCGAAUGGAGUUCUACCAGGGAGAGAAAAAGACGGCCGAAGAGAACGUCCGACUGAAGUGCAUCGAAUGGUCGAACUUCCCCUCGCUGCCCAAAGGCAAAGUGAAAUUCGUUCUUUCGUUGUUUUACGUCAAUUCGCUGUGGGAGUGCGAGGUCCGAGACUUCUACACAAAGCAGAUCUAUGUGGAGAGACAGCGAAUAUAA